CGCGCUUCGUGGAUGCUCUCGGCGUUGGUCUGCGUGGGAAAUCCGACCGCAUUUUGAUUCCACAGGCUUCGCAAGCUCCGCGUCGGGCCUCGCCUUGCAGAUGUGAAGGCCUUGGCGAUGGCGAACUACUACGACAUCCAGGACAUUUUGAUGCAAGACGAGACUGUGUCAACCGUGUUUCUUCACAAGGCUAAUGGCGCUGGAUUUCUUGACCCGUCGUCAGAGGAUAACAACGUCGCUCGAGGAUCUGUGGUAGAUCUCCCCCUUUGGUUAGCCCAAGAUCUAGUCCAACGGCAAAUUCUGCACAUAAAGCUGCCCAGUUGUUUCAACGCUAGACAUGAACAGUGCAGGCCUAAUUUGCCUCUGAUACUCGAGAAUGUGCUCAGGGUCCGCAAGGAAGUGCAAGCAGAUCCAGCAUGUGUAGAUCUUCAUAGCAAGUGCCCCUUCUACUAUGAGAUGGGCUGUAAACUAGUUGAAUUGAGCGUGGAUCCUACACUGGGACCUUUCCUGUUGACCACUUUGCAAGGGCGUUACAAAGACCUGUUGUGCAAAGCUCUCACAGCUACUUUAUCCGGGAAUUUAAAGUUUUUACCUCAUCUCACUGAGGAAGAAACUCGACUGUUUGAAGCAGGCCGAGAUUCUGUGAAGGCUUUCAAAAAAUGGCGACUGCAAGGGCCUCGAAUCGAAAAGGCAGCUAUACUUGGAAGAAAAAGGAACCGUGAUGCCACUCCAAUAUGGAGUUGAACAGUUCUUGUUAGCCCACACCUUGUUCUGUGGCCUCUAAUUCAUGACGAGAUAAGUGAUUGCGCGACUGACUCAAAAGUGAUCGGUUAUGCAAAGACUUCUCUGAAUCCCUCUGCUCAUUUUACUGUAACAGUUUCAACUUCUCCGAGUUGGCAAGUGUGGGAGUGUAAUGCUAUGCUUACACUUCUACAAAGAGGAAUGUACAUACAAUCGCUUUUGAAGUAUGCUCAAAGCAGUCCUAUUCUGGUUAAAUGAAUGAAUUUGUGACUUUGGAAGCCUACAGAUUUUCAAGUCUCUCGACCCGUGCAUUUGAGUCUAUAUCCAGCCUAUUGCUGAAGAUAUUAUGAGUGCCUCAUUGGGCAACUGUUGCAAAUGCACGCAGGUACGAGUCUCUCAUUUUCAUGCGUAAAUUAGUUCCUCCCAUUAGAAUGUGUUGUGUAAGUGAGUUUGCAGGGUGGCCUUGAGAUGGGCAUUCCAGUCUGCUGCAGUACAGUUGGACUGGUGAAACGCGAGGUACGUAACCAGAAGUUAGCGAAUAUGCUUUGAUAUUGAAUUAUAAAUUUUACUUUUGAGUCUCCCCCCGC